CUGCUGAAGCGCGAGUACUUCCAGAUGCUGGUGCGGAUCCGGGCCGGGACUGAGAAUGUGGCCCCCAAACCCAGCUUCUUGGCCAUGCUGAUGAUGGAGGUGGACCAGUUUGUCCUCACCGCCCUCACGCCUGACAUGCUUGCAGCCGAGGAUGCAGAGUCACCACCAGAUCUGCUGCUCUUCAACAUCACCUCACCCUUUGGCCCCGGCCAGGGGCACAUGGUCAGCACAGAUGACCGGAGCUUGCCUGUCUCCUCCUUCAGCCAGCGGGACGUGAGGGAGCUGCGCAUCGCUUACCAGCCGCCCAUGGAAGACUCAGAUCGGGAGCGGCUCUUUGAGCUCGAGCUGGAGGUGUUGGACCCAGAGGGUGCUGCCUCAGAGCCCUUCGCCUUCGUCAUUGUGGUGAAGCCCAUGAACACCCUGGCACCUGUGGUGACCCGCAACACUGGCCUCGUGCUCUAUGAGGGGCAGUCGCGGCCUCUCUCAGGCCCCGGUCCCAGCCCCAACCUGGUGAUAAGUGAUGAGGAUGACCUUGAGCAGGUGCGGGUGAGUGUGGUGGCAGGGCUGAGGCAUGGCCACCUCACUUUGCUGGAGGACACCCCAGCACCUGCUGCCCCUCGUAAACACUUCACGGUGGCUGAGCUGGCAGCAGGUCGGGUCAUAUACCAGCAUGACGGCAGUGAGUCUCCACUCAGUGACAACCUGGUGCUGCGGUUGGAAGAUGGUGGCUCUCGCCACCGUGUUGAGUUCCUUUUCCCCAUUACCCUGGUGCCCACUGAUGACCAGCCGCCCCUACUCAAUGCUAACACGGGGCUGGCCAUGGCUGAGGGUGAAACAGUGCCCAUCACCACCCGUGCUCUUAGCGCCACUGACAUUGACUCGCAGGAUGCCAUCCUGCUCUUCACAGUGGAGUCUGGCCCCAUUGCUGGGCAGCUGCUCCUCCGUCAAGCACAGCCACCUCCUGGCUGGGAAGAGGAGGAAGAAGAUGAGGGCUUUUCUUGGAGGAGGGUGCCGGGUUUAGUUGGGAGCUCCGUAAUCUAUGAAAAGCCAGUGAGAGAGUGGCUGCAGCAGGACAUUGUGGAAGGGCGUCUCUAUUACCACCACUUUGGGCCUCACAGCCCUGGCCCUGGGGUUGUGUUGGACCAGUUUGUCUUUAGAGUGCAGGAUGACAAUGACCCACCCAACCGCUCUGGACCACAGACUUUUGUGAUCCGGGUACAUCCCGUAGACAGAUUAGCCCCAGAGCUGCAUAGUAGCAGCAGCCUGCACUUAAUAGUUGCAGAACAGCAGGUGACCCCACUGCGGAGGAAGCACUUGUGUUACACAGAUCAGGAUUCAGGGGACCGUGAACUCCACUACACAGUAACCCAGCCCCCCACUGACACUGACACUAACCACCCUCCAGAUGUAUAUGGAGCCCGCCUUGGAUCCCUUGUGCUGACUGAAGAUCACUCUGUGGAAGUUACCCACUUCACCCAAGCCCAGAUCAAUCAUCACAAGAUAUCGUACCGUCCCCCACAGGAAGAACUGGGGGUGGCUCCUCAUUUGAUUCAGUUUCAGUAUCAAGUGAAAGAUGCAGCUGGCAAUGCAGCCGAAGGGACUUUCACCAUCUACCUGCAGCCUGUGGAUAACCAGCCUCCUGAAAUCACUAAUACUGGCUUCACUUUGCCUGAGGGAGGCAGCCAUGUCCUUAGUCCAACUGAGCUGGAUGCCAGUGACACGGACACUGAACUUGCCCAUCUCAGAUUUAUCCUGACCCAGGCUCCUCGGUAUGGCCAGUUGCAGCUUUCUGGGUACAGUUUGAUUCCGGGAGGUGUCUUUGGCCUGGAGGAUAUCAGACAAGGGAGGGUGGUGUAUGUGCACAGUGGAGCUGAGACCAACAGUGAUACCUGCAGGCUUGACGUGAGUGAUGGGGUUCAUUUUGUGCCCAUCACACUGAAAAUGAAUGUGCACCCAGUUGAUGAUGAGGUUCCUACACUACGGUUGCCCCCAGGCACCCUUGGUUCCUUCCUGGAUGUGCUGGAGAAUGGUGCUGCUGAAAUCACUGCUAAUGUCAUUCAGGGCACGGAUGAGGAUACAGAUGACUUAAUGUUGACCUUCAUUGUAGAGGAUCCUCCUCAGCAUGGGAACAUCCUGGUCCAAGGGGUGCCUGCAGAGAGAUUUUCCCAGAGAGAUCUGCUGGAUGGUGCUGUGGUAUAUGCUCACACUGGUGGUGAAAUAGGCCUUCUUCCCAAAGAAGAUACCUUCAACCUUACCUUGUCUGACCUGUCUGAGGAGUGGAGCGUCAGGGGCAAUGUUGUUCAAGGCGUUUCAGUCCUGGUGACCAUUCUUCCUGUUGACAGUCAAGCCCCAGAGAUUUUUUUGGGGGAGCAGUUCAUGGUAACGGAAGGUGACAAACGGGUCAUUACUCCUGCUCACCUCAGGGCUGAAGAUGUGGAUACUCCUAAUGAUGAUAUACUCUGCACCAUUGUUGCUCAGCCGACAUCUGGGUAUGUAGAGAACAUCUCUCCAGCCCCAGGAUCUGAAAAAUCCAGAGCAGGUGUAGCUAUAAGCGCUUUUACCUUGAAAGACGUCCGACAAGGGCAUAUUUUUUAUGUCCAAAGUAUACAUAAGGGCGUAGAGCCUGUUGAAGACAGAUUUGCUUUCCGCUGUUCUGAUGGCAUUAACUUUUCCCAAAGGCACUUUUUCCCCAUUGUCAUUAUGCCGAUCAACGAUGAAGAGCCUGAAAUCUUUAUGCGAGAGUUUGUUGUGAUGGAAGGCAUGAGCCUGGUUAUUGAUACCCCUGUCCUCAACGCAGUUGAUGGAGACAUCCCUGCUGACGAGUUAAUGUUCACAAUUACCAGGCUUCCCAGGCAUGGCCACAUUGUGAACCAGCUGGUCAAUGGAACUGUCCUAGUGGAGAGCUUUACCUUGGAUCAGAUAACAGAGAGCUCCAACAUACUCUACGAACAUGAUGACUCUGAGACAAAAGAGGACCGUUUUGAGGUGAAACUCACAGAUGGUAAACAUACUGUUAGGAAAACGGUACUCAUCAUGGUUAUUCCUGUAGAUGAUGAGACACCCAGAAUGGCUAUCAAUGAUGGUUUGGAGAUUGAAAUAGGGGAAACUAGAACUAUUGAUAACAGAAUAUUGAAGGCUACUGACCUGGAUUCUGAAGACAAAACCUUGACAUACAUUAUAAGAUACGGGCCAGGACAAGGCCUCUUGCAGAGAAUAAAGCCUUCAGGUGGAGUUGAGAAUAUCACCCUGGGGAUGAACUUCACCCAAGAUGAAGUGGAUAGAAACUUAAUUCGAUAUAUGCAUUUUGGCCAAGAAGGAGUUCGUGAUCUUAUCAAGUUUGAUGUGACAGAUGGAAUAAAUGCUCUCAUUGACCGCUACUUUUAUGUGACAAUAGGUAGCAUUGAUAUUGUCUUCCCAGAUGUAAUCAGCAAAGGAGUUUCUUUGAAAGAAGGAGGGAAGGUAACCCUUACUACCGAUUUGCUUAGCACCAGUGACCUGAAUAGUCCAGAUGAGAACUUAGUUUUCACUAUUACCAGAGCACCUGUUCGUGGUCAUCUUGAAUGCACAGAUCAGCCUGGGGUACCCAUCUCCACUUUUACUCAACUCCUAUUAGCAGGCAAUAAAGUCUAUUAUAUUCACACUUCAGAAGAUGAGGUGAAAAUGGACAGCUUUGAGUUUGAGGUGACUGAUGGCUAUAACCCUGUAUUUCGUACUUUCAGAAUUUCUAUCAGUGAUGUGGACAAUAAAAAACCUGUCAUCACAGUCCAUAACCUGGUGGUGAGUGAAAACGAAUAUAAGCUGAUAACCCCAUUUGAACUGACCGCAGAAGACAGAGAUACACCUGACGCAUUGCUAAAAUUUAUCAUCACUCAAAUACCAGUUCAUGGUCAGAUCAUGUUCAAUAACUCCAAACCAGUCACCACCUUCACUAAACAAGAUCUAAAUGAAAAUCUAAUCAGCUACAAACAUGAUGGCACAGAAUCAGUGGAGGAUAGCUUCUCUUUCACUGUUACAGAUGGCACUCAUACUGAUUUCUAUGUCUUCCCCAACACUGUGUUUGAAACGAGGAAACCUCAGACUAUGAAGAUUCGAAUAAUGGCUGUGGACAACAGUGUACCUCAAAUUGUAAUAAACAAGGGUGCUCAGACUCUCCGUAUUCUGGCCACAGGUCACAUUGGGUUUCUGAUUACCAACAAGGUGCUCAAAGUGGAAGACAGAGACAGUUUACAUGUUACUCUCAAGAUCAGAAUCACGGAGGGUCCGCGCCAUGGCUUCCUGAUCCACCUGGGGAAAGGCAACCAUAGCAUCAGCCAGUUCACCCAAGCUGAUAUUGAUGAUAUGAAGAUAUGCUAUGUUUUACGAGAGGGUGACAAUGCUACCAGUGACAUUUUUCAUUUCAUGGUUGAAGACGGUGGAGGCAAUAAGCUGAAGAAUCAACAUUUUCGCCUAAACUGGGCAUGGAUCUCCUUAGAAAAGGAGUAUUAUUUAGUUAAUGAAGACUCCAAAUAUCUUGAUGUGGUUCUUAAACGGAGAGGUUACCUGGGAGAAACCUCUUUUAUAAGUAUUAGCACCAAAGACGGUACUGCCAAGAAAGAUAAAGACUUCAGAGGAAAAGCCCAGAAGCAGGUGCAGUUUAAUCCUGGCCAAACCUUAGCUACAUGGAGAGUACGGAUUUUGAGUGAUGGUGAACACGAACAGUCUGAGUCCUUUCAAAUUGUUCUUUCUGAGCCUGUCAUGGCAGUUCUGGAAUUUCCUGAUGUAUCCAUUGUGGAAAUUAUUGACCCAGGAGAUGAAUCAACUGUCUUUAUUCCUCAGUCCACCUAUACUAUUGAAGAAGAUGUUGGUGAAUUAUUUAUUCCAGUCAGAAGAAGUGGAGAUGUGAGCCAGGAACUGAUGGUUAUCUGCUACACACAACAAGGAACAGCAUCUGGCACUGCCCCAACCUCUGUGCUUUCUUACUCUGACUACAUAUCCAGGCCUGAGGAUCACAACAGCAUUCUACGUUUUGACAAAGACGAACGAGAAAAAAUGUGUCGGAUCGUCAUCAUAGAUGAUUCCUUGUAUGAAGAGGCUGAGACCUUUGAUGUUUUGCUGAGCAUGCCAAUGGGUGGAAGAAUUGGUGCAGAAUUCCCAAGCACUCGAAUUACCAUUGUACCUGACAAGGAUGAUG